AUGUCGGGUCUCAAUAUCGGCACAUAUAAUUACAUUGUCACCAUCGGUCUUGGCACACCAAGCUUAAAUUUUUCUUUGGAAAUAGACACAGGCAGCGACAUUACCUGGACACAGUGUCAUCCCUGCGUCAAUUGCUAUGAACACCAGGAGCUUCUAUUUGACCCUUCACGGUCAACAUCACACUCCUACAUCUCCUGUGGCUCCCACCAAUGCUCUCUCCUGUCAGAUCACCAAAGGCAAAGUUGUAACGUUACAUGCCAAUACAAGGAGACAUAUGCUGAUGGAUCCCGAACAGCUGGAUUUUUAAGCAAAGAUAGGAUAACGUUGCCGCCAUCCCAAGAUGCAUUUGAGGGAUUGAUCUUCUGCUGUGGCAUGGACAACCAAGGUCGUACACUAAAUGGUUCUGUGGGCUUGCUGGGUUUGGGCCGGGGCAUCCUAUCAUUUGUUGAACAAACGGCACACAAGUAUAAUUGUACGUUUUCGUACUGUUUGCCAUCUACCUCCACCUCGUCUGGAUUUUUAACAUUUGGCAGAGACGAAGCUAGUGCUUCCGUCGGUGUGAGCUACACUCCAUUGAUAACAGUUCCCUACAGUGAAUCAUUGUACGGCGUAUGGUUGGAGGAUAUUGCCAUUAAUGGCAUUCCAUUAGGAAUACCAUCCAUUAUUUUUUUAUCCCCUGGCACCGUGAUAGAUUCUGGAACCCCUAUAACUCUCUUGCCUCAAACAACAUUCAAUGAGCUACGUUACGAGUUUCGAAAGCAAAUGAUGUUCUAUGGUCAUAAACUUUUGCCAUCAAACAUUAGCAAAGGGGACACCUGUUAUGACUUGACGGGUAAGAAACAAGUUUACAUCCCCAAGGUAAGCCUUGUCUUCGUCGAAGGAAUCACCAUUGAAUUGGACCCAACUGGAAUUCUAUAUGUGUUUGAAGGUGAAGCACAGGGUUGCUUGGCGUUCAAUGGUGUCCCUGACUAUACCGCGCCUACAAUACUGGGCAGUGUCCAGCAAAGAAAAAUAGAGGUGAUACACGAUGUCGGGGGAGGCAGAAUUGGCUUUAGGCCUUCUGCGUGUGUCUAG